AUGUCCAUUUCACAGAAAGAGCAGCCAGGUUGCUUCAUGGUGGACCUGCUGCAUGCCUACAUGAUGGUGCCAUGGAUAGCUCUUGUUUGUGCCAGCCCUGUACCUGAUACCUCUUGUGGCGGGGCGCACGGGGAGGGGGCGCGGCGAACGCGCGUGUGCGCGGUUCAUGUGUGGGCCCGCGGGGGCGCGCGCGCGGUUAGCGGGCAGCGAGGGUCGCCUGGGCGGCGCGCAGCACGGCGGGAACAUGGCGCGCGGAACUGGCGCGCGCGCCUAGCUGGCGGGACCAUUAUUAGAUCGAGGCGGACGCGGCCCGGACCCCGUGGAUAUGGAGCAGUCGCCGCCGCUGGCGCCGGAGCCCACCCAAGGGCCAACCACCGCAAGGAGCUGAAGGCGGCGGGAGCCCGAGUCGCCGCUGGCGUCGGUGCCGGCUUUUCUGGCUUUGCCUGCCCAGCUGCUCCAUGCCAGGAGGAGGAGGAGACACCUAGAACCUGCGACACCAUGGCUCGCCUCGCUGCGGGUGGGUGGCAGCAACGGAGACUGCAGUGCGCCGGAGCGCAAACAUAUGACAUGGACAAAUAUGUGCAAACACAAAAUCACUGCAGUAUAUUAGAGUGGAAAUGCAAUGGCAGCAUUAUUUUUCAUGUAGGUUCUACCCAUGUAACAGAUGAGGAAACCAAGGAGCACAGUUAUUUACUAACUCGCACAAGGUUCGAGGCCGAGCUCAGACCUGUGGAGCAGAAGCUGAGUGCGCUGCGGUCCCUGCUGGCCCAGAGGCCCUUCUUCGAGGUGCCCUCACCCCUGGGCGCCGUGGACCUGUACGAGUAUGCAUGCGGGGAUGAGGACCUGGAGCCACUGUGACGGCACCCAUGAGAACACCGCCGCAGGGCCGCUCCACACGUGCCACAGCCACCACUGGGACACCGCCGCUUGUGUAAAAACUGUUGUCUUUUGUGGAAAAUGAGUGCGUUUGCAUGGAAUGAUAAAUUUUUAUUUAUUCACAGAA